GAGAGCCGCCAUCGCUCUCCGCCAGCAGCGGCAUCGGCGCGGCGGCAGUUUCCGAACGCGGCGCGCUCGGUCGCAGGCGGAAGGGUGGCAGUGCCAGUGCGAAGGGAUAUGGCGGCCGCUGCGCCCAGCCGACGACCACGAAGCUAGUCAACCGCAUCUCAACGCGCACCACUCCUCACCUGCGGCGGCGGCCGUCCCCAACCAAGCCCGAAAAGAAAAACGAAACCGCCCCGCGGCGUCGCUUGCAACAGCAAGGGGACCCAGCAGCCUCGCGCGACGCCGGGAAGAAGACGACGCACGGCGCGCAAGCCUGCGGUGCGGAGGCACCCAAAUAACGACGACCUUCUGAAAUCGACACGACGACUUGGUUCCCGGCCCCCGGUUGUAGCAGCAGCAGCAGCAGCGCUUCCUGCGGCGGCGCCCGGUGACCGGCGGCGGGGCCAAGAAAUCGAGCAUCAGCACCACGAGACAUGCUGGGCACCGAGCAGCGCCACGACGCGGCGGCAGCGGUGGUGCCCUCGCCGGGCCUCAACAUGGAGCACGGCUUCCUCAGGAAGAUCGAGGAGAACCAGAUCCAGCGGCACUACCAGCUUAAGGAGGACGCGAUGAAGCGAACUGAGACUGCCAAACUGGCGCGCCGAGUCGGCCUGCCCAACAAAUCGACCAAGCCGACCAUCGAGAUUUACCGGCCUCCCGGUGUGAGGGUUUCUGACCUGCCUCAGUCGAGCGAAGACGUGGCUCCUCCUCCAAGCAACAGUAGCCACCACCACCACCAUCACCAACAUCACCACCACCACCAGGCGGCGCUCAUGAAUGGCACCAAUGGCAUCGGAGCGCCCUCUCAGCAGCAACCUGCUGCGCCCAGGGCGGUGCACUUCCAGGUUCCGCCCGUGGUGCUUUCCUCACUGCCGUCGUCGACAAAGGACCCGCCGGUGGUUGGCAAGAGCUCGCUGCGGCGCUCCAAGAGCUUCUCGCACGAUGAGCCGGUGCCCGCGAACGCCUCCUUUCCCGCCGAGUACCAGGGCCUUGUCAAGAAGGCGCUGCACGACCCGAACACAUUGAGCUCCCACCAGCUGAUGGAACUGGUGCGGGCAAUCUGCCAGAGGGCCACUGAGGGCAUCCAGAAUGCUGAGCCAUCGGCUCAGCUGUGCCUCUCCAUUAUUGCGAAGGAGAGAGGCGAGACGUUCCUGGAGAGCCUGCUAAGCGCCUGCCGUGAGUGGUUCAAUGAGCGGGACCAGCUGCUGCGUCCGCUGGAUGCUACCACGACAGUGCCGCGCCGCUGGACAGCCUACGUCUGCUUCUUGGCCGAAUUGCUGCUGGGUCUGAGAGGUCGAAGCGGGAGCUGUGCCAGUGGCUCGGCCGGUGGCCGUGGGGCACCCACGGCGAGCCGCACACUGUGCCUGGUCAUGCUGCUCUGUGAUUGCUGCCACAUCAUCCUGCGGCCUCCCUCGCUUGGCAACCCAGCUGAGAUGGAGUGUCUGCGGUCAGUGCUGACGAUCGCGGGCCGGGCAGUGGAGCGUGAUGCCCCCCAGCGUAUGGCAACCCUGGUUGGGCGACUGCGGGAGGCAUUUGUCCAGCCGGGCCUCUCGGCUCAGGCGCGCAAGACCCUGCUCGAACUGCUCGAGCUGCACGCCUCCGGAUGGCAGCUCAACCUGGCACAGCAGCUGUACUACUUCCCCUACACGAGCCUCGAGCACCGCAAGUGAGUGGCCGACGAUGCUACCACAGCCCCGACCACGACGACGACUCGCCCGCUUUACUUCUUGGUUGCUGGAGAGAGAGAGAGACUUUGACAUACCACAACUUGGCUCUGUGAAACACCAGGAAGUCUAUUCCCCACAUGCUUGAUUGUAGCAUCUUUGACGAGUCUCCUACUUGCUUUGUCCUUGAAUCUCCUUGUCACUGCCGUUUGUGAGCAUUGCCAAGAAGGGUGCGAGCAGUGUCCCACACUAUUUGGUGUUCUCCUGUAUGGCAGUCAGAAAAGGGAGAGAAAAUGGAGAAGGCACGAAAGAGUUGAGAAAGACGACGUCAAUAUGAAACAGUAGCACUACAUGAGUACGUACAGACUUCCUUACAGCUUGGGGGUGGGGGUCAGUUCAUCAAAGCUAAACUCUUUUUGAGUACUGACUGUUUCCACACCUCUAACGGUUGAUGACAUUUCACCAUGGCAUUUUGGUGGCAUGCUGCAUGCUGGGUUAGCAGGAUUUAUCAAUCUCGUAAGCAGGUUGUGGUACUAUCGGGGCCUUUCCGUGUGACCAUCCUUGUGUGCUCCUUCACGCCCAAGGUGACAAAGGUGAGUAAAACACUUAAAGCUGUCUUGCAGUGUACACCAACAUUUUUUCUUGCUUUUUUUUUGAUGGGUUUAUUAAUCCGAAUCACGUUGGCAGCCGUUGAUUCUAGUUUUGUUGCUUUUUCUUGUUAGCUGCGUACAAUGUCCUUCUGGUGGCGACCACUUUGCAUCGGUUCUGGGUGCCAGGUGCACAAUGUUCCCCCAUUUUUCUUGUGUUCUUACUAUCAAAAACAGAUAAGAGCACUACAGUUGAAUUUUUACGUUUCUGUUAUUGGUGUUUCAAAGUUCAUAUAAUGGUUUUUGUUGUCACAAAGGAAGUUUAUUUUAUUGGGUGGCUUCUGUGGUUAGCUUAACUUGUCUCCUUCUUGAGUUUAUGGCGUAACAUUCAGUGUUGCUUCUCUUUGUGUUUUACUUUUCUUUUUCAUUGCCCCAAUACUGAUCUGCUAGCGGCGUGCUGAGGCCAAAUUCUCGCACCAUGGUUGUUGUGGCUGUGAAGUCUGGUUGUCCAUGGAGACUUAAAAAUUUCCUGGCUGUUCUUGUGUAUUUUUGUGCACGAUAGUUUUAAUGUGCGUGUCAACACUAUUUCACCAUUGAACCACACAUUUGUCUUUCCCGACUACUUGGCUUGCCCUUUCAUGGAUGAAAAGAUGACAAAGAAGUGCCAUUGUAAUACUACUCGUCGUGGUUAGACGUCACCCUUCACAUCCCAUGUUCCUGCUUGACAUUGAAGUAGUCAGUUUUCCUGCAUUGUUUCUCUGGCAGGAAUGGAAUGCUAAUGCAGUGGACAUGAAUAGCCAGGCUUCUCUACAGCAUCGAACUUUUCACCAUCUUUGCUGACUCACAGCGCUCUCAAACCACUGCUCAGUCUGCAGUUUUGUAUUUGUCACCAUACCUGGUCGCGCGGGCAGAGCUUGUUGCUGCCACGCAGAAUUGAACAGCCGUUCUCGAAGUAGUCACUCAGUAUGCACUUUCAAUCCUUGAAAAGUCCCCAUCGCUCUCUGUAAGUAUUGUGAUGCAUUCCUUGAAUACGUGUGCAGGGAGAAGUGCUCAAGUGGACAGUUGAAAUGUGAAAUAUUUCUGCCUACGUUAAGCACUGCAUGUGAUGGUCGUGUUUGGACGGAGCAUUAUUGCGUGAGCUGGCUCUUGUGACACUCUCUCUUUUUCGCUUCGCGGUGGGUCGAGUGCCAUCAACAUUUUAAGCGUCACGAAAGUGAGAGUUGUCGAGGCCACCCUCACUCGCAGGUCGAGCACUCCGCUUCGAUUUGUGAUGCUUGGUGAGUGUUUCACGUACUUGCUUUUCUUGAAAGGUGUCUUUUGUAAGUGGUGCUCGGGGUGUGGCUCUGUGUAAUGAAAUUCCGCUGUGCGGUCUUUCACCUGUUGUACCAUUUGUGAAGCGCACAAGUGUGCCGGCCUGCCACCGAGGUAAGCUGGCACCACACCCGAGAUCAGAAUACUGCUGGGCAGGUGGAAGUGAACACGUCAGCUACUGCAUGACACAUGAACUCUGUGCUGUUUUCUCCCGAGAAAUAACCAGGACGCAGAUAGGUGCUCUGGACCCGUCUCUUCCAUGUCUUUUUUUUAAAAAUUCCUAUCCUCCAUGAAGUGUGAAGCGCUAUUGCAUUAUCCCGAAUGUUCUGUGGUUUUGCGCAUAAAGAAUAUGUUGUUUUAGCCUGUUUGUGCUUGAUAAUCUUGUUGCUCUAUACCAGGGGUAGUGUGGUAUCGCCGAAACUUAUUUACGGGGCAUAUUUUCACAUAUUUAGAUCGCCUUCUGUAUCUCUUUUGUUGCAUUAUUGCACCUUGUAGACACCCAUACCUGAGCACAAUUGCUAAAUCGAUGGAGUCUUCCAACACGCACCAAUCUCUUAGCUUCAUCUGUGACUUUGUUUCACAUAGGAAGAUUUCAAUAUUUCACAGAUAGCUUCUUCUUUUAUUUUAUCUUGUAGAGCCAAUGAUGAACUAAGAGAACCUGAAAAGCUAUUCAUGUUUUGCAAGAUCAUGUAUUGUUCACUUUGUGUCCAUUGUGCUAGUGCACCAGGUGAAAAUAGCCGUCGUGAACAGCCUGAAGUGAUGACAUGGAUACAACAGGAAUUGCUAGGGAGAAAUAAAAUUUAGAGUUGCUGCCAUGUCCAGACAAACCCUCCUAUGAUCUAUGUACAUGUGGACAGGUUGGCGGCCAUGACUAGAUUUCUUACAUCUUCUCGUGCCAGGGUUUUUGUGGAAAACAUACCCUUGUAGAUUUUUAUUAGAAAUUUGUAGCGCCAUCAGCAUAGCAGAGGUAGAAGAAACAGGUUCUGUCCAAAUACUGAGACUUAUCAGAAGGGAUACCACUUCAAGGGAUACUAAAUACUGAAGUAAUAGCUCUGAGGUACGUUUCUUUAAGAAGCACUGUCCAGUACGUAGAUAAUGUUACUGUAUUAGGUAGCUACCAGUUUUCUCUCUCAGUAGCCUAGAGAACACAAGAAGGUGCUUUCAUACAUAUAUCAACACAUCAGAGUGUGAAAAAAGCUUUUUGCACAUUUUUCUAUCUCUGCAUGGCUAGACAUUUCAUUGAGUUCUUUCUGUUAUUAUCACCUUAAAUUCCAAAGGUAUGACUUGUGUCUGUAUCACUUAUAUUCAGAGAAGUUGCUUGCUGUGAAAAGCAAUCAUUACAAAGCUAACUAACCAAAGACAAGGUGCAAGCAUGAAAGCGUUUGUACAGAAGUACCUUGAAGGACCUGACAGCACUGGAAGGUUCUUUCUUUCUUUGUGACCAAAGCACCUUGACUAGGGUGAAUGUUUUCACAGAAUAAUGUUUUGUAGUAGUAUAACUAGUGCAAGUUUACUAGAUAAAGUCAAUGUUGGAAUGAUAGACCCACUUGAGAACAACUGCUGUUCUGCGUGUGAGUAGUUAAUUCUAAUGAGUAGGCACAACAGCUGCUUCAGAGGGCAACAAACUGAGUUUUCACUGCCCACGGCAGUCAUGUUAGCUGAAAGGUGUACUGCGUUAGAGGGGUCACUGUACGUUUCGGUCAUUUUUGCAGUUUAUGGCAGUUCUUAAACAUCUGCGUGCUUGUUUAAAACCUGCGCAUGUGCGGGAAAGAAGCAAUUGUUUUCAUAAAGGGGCCUUGAACUUUACUGGUCAUCUGUUUUGGAAGUUCCUGAGGCUUCGCAUUUACUGCUUUAUUUUCUUUUUUUGCGUGUAACAUCAAGCUUAGCACCUUAUUCUUGCUUUAGCUUUGAACAGGCCUCAAAUAUAUGCUUGAGCAGCUGGCGCCAAGAAUUUAGUCUGUUGUACUCUGUGGCAACUCUGUGUCGAUACAAAUCACAGAAAGAUGGCAGCAGUGACGGCAAAAGCGUGCACGACAGACACGUGCGUCGGUACUACGUGCAUCGAAGAAAAAAAAAUACAUGCUUGCCUCCAUCCCCACUGCAGCUGGUGCAAAGCUGCAUGUGCAAAAGUUUGGGGUCAUGAGAGGUCGAACAUGCCAAGGUUUGCUCAUUUGUACGUCUGGGUAGUCUUUGAGCCCCAGGGGGCACACAACCUCCUGGCACAGCAGAACAUGGGGUAAAAGAAAUUUCAUUUGUUUAUAUUGGAUAGAUUAAUGCGUAAGAUUGAGCGUAUCUACUAUUGGCAAGGUGAACGUGAAAGUUACUUGAAUUAAAGAAAGAAAUGUCAGUCUCUUGCACAUGAAUGUGCAAGGAGUUGCUUUAACAGUGUCCUUUGUAUGGACAACAAAGCAAGUGAGGCUGUGGAAAGGUUAAAAAAAAAUGCAAUUCAACUCGUUUCAUUUGUUGAACGGAAUAGGUUGUGUGCCUUUUUGAUGGCUCAAAAAUUGCUGUAGACUGCAUUCCAAGCUCGACUGUGCACAACUAUGCAAACCAAAAAGUGAGUGACGAGGUUGCAAACGUUUUCAAGCUUCUCAAUACUGCCUACCCUAACUAUUGGUUUAUGCUAGGUAGUAUUCAAGGUUGAGGCUGCUCUUUGAAGUGCUUUAUUCGUCAUCUUACAUUGCCACUAGUGUUGUUGUGUAAUGCCCAUCUUCAAUAUGCACAUUUUCAGAAUGGUAUUUUCAAUGCUGUCCACUUUUUGUUCGUUGUCAGUCACAUUCUUAAAUGGGUACAAGCGUUGUAGUGCAGCAUCACGGAAGAACUUCGGGUGACAUCUACUGCUAAAGAACACUGCUACAGUUCGUUAUAAGCCAUUUGACUGUUAUUUCUUCAAGUGGCAUUUGCGAUAAUAAGUAGCCUACUCCGCAAUUCAUGCAUUCAAUCUGUGUAGAGCUCCCUAGCACAAACACCGGCCAUUCUUUAAUUAGGUGCAUUCAGGAAUGAAAUUGGUAUGUGUCUCAGCUUUGCGACUUCAGAUUAUGCACCAAAGAUCAAAGCUUUGAAUGACAUCGAAACAGUUCUUUUUAACCAAUUUGCUUGCACGUCACGUUCGAGUGUCUCUUCUGAGAAAUAGGAAGGCUUUUGUUAGAUUUCGUAAGGUUCCAGAGCAGCCGUGGUGACAGUGCAGAUGUCGCACUGCAUUUUACCUAGACAAAUUCUAGGGACACCCGUGGACCUUCCGGAGAUGAUGACUCUUGCAGCAAGUGAAGGAGAGGUGGAAAAAUUGUACUUGCUUAAGAUUCUUCUUUUUGUUUUUUUAGACUGCUUAUGGGUGCUGUGUGUUUGCGGUGCUUUUGUUUCAUGGGUGAUCCUGGGCUCACUUAUUGAUGGCAGUGAUUGCUGAGGCUUGUAUCGCAUUGUAAGAGCACUGCGAAAGGCAAUGUACUGCUUGUACUAUUUUGGAGCAUUUCGUUAUCGACAGCGCAGAUGCCAUUCUUGAUAGCGAAUGGUUGCAAUGUCAUCUCUUUCCACAGAGCAAAUGCCGUCUGUGUUUAUGCGAGUGUUUUAUGUAUUUAUGCAAAGAAGCGUGCAUGCAGCGUUUAUUUAGUGUUUUCUUGUUGAUUCUCCUGCAAUUUUCUCAUUUUUUUUUGUCUAGUUUUGGCGCUGUCUGUGAUAAGCAGUCACUGCUUUGUUCAUUUUUGUUGAAAAGAAAAAAAAUUGAGAGAACAAAAAUUAUUUCACUUGUAUACUUUGCUUUUGAAUGAAUAGAAAGCUCAUUAACAGAACAGAGCCACUGACGACCUGCGUCUCAAGCAGCCAGGCUACAUAUUAAUAAGUUGGGCUAGUGAAGUAACUGCCAUUCUACCAUUUACAGUGUGCUGUCUAAUAUUGAUUGCAUGGUUUUGAAUUUGAUUUUGACUUGUUCUUGCUAUUUCUGUGACCACUUGCUUCGUGCACACUUGAUGUAUUCCAAAGCCUGGUUGGAUGGAGUGAUCGUAUAAUAUGUAUGUCAUUAGUCCGUAUGUGCCCAAUGGAACUUAGCACGGCAAAAAAUAUUUUCAUUGCAUUUUACCACAUGGUAGACAUAGUUGCAGGUUUGAACAGUAUUUGGCACUCUUGGACAAGCAGGGUUCAAGGGUGUAGUUCUCUCAAACCAGUAGCCAUGAAUGACACUUAUGAAAUAUAGCGAGGAAAUGUAAGCUUGUGCACUUUGAUGACAGCAAGCACUUGUUAGUGCACCCUUUGUUCCUGUUGACAACCUGUCGGGCUGCUUUGAUGUCGUAGACCGCUAGUGGCUCGUUGAACAGACUACUAGUCAUUUUGUAGGCUAAUCAUAACAUAAAGCUUUGCAGAUUAUAGUAGUAGCCGAGAGUGAGGCUUUGUCUACAGUGACACAACUAUUUAUUUCACUUUUCUGGCGCGAUGCCAAAGACUAAUAGAGAAUUGACUGCUAUAUUGUUUUGCGAGCUGGUUUUAUGUUUCUGGCGCAAUGUAUAAAAAGAUAUGUACGUUCAACGCGCAGCUACUAACCAGCGCACCAAAAAACUAACCUCGCAAGCAAUGAAAUCUACAGCAAUAAUAAAUAAAUGUGUAUCAUAUACCUUGCCAUAAAAGCAUGGAAAGAGAAGUAACUACGGUGCCAAUACUCUCAAGCAGUCAUUUGUAGAAUACUAUUUACACUACUAUACUGUUCUUUUCUUUCAUCUCUUUUGUAUACUUGAACAGUAAUUAAGAAAUAAACUUAGUAGUAUUAAAUACAA